UUGAAUAUAUCCUUUAAGCCUGUCACCAUUCCUUGCGGGCACAGCUUUUGUAGAAAAUGUUUGCUACUUACCAUGGUCAAUUAUAAGCCAGUAUGCCCUGUUUGCAGACAGUCGAUUAACAUAAGAAAAGAAAAUUUUCCCGGUGUGAGCGUAGCUAUGUGGAACGCAAUACAAGACUUGUUUCCUCGAGAAGUAGAAACAAGGAAACAAACAAGUACCUCCUCAAUUGGUUCACUAGAAGCUCCUUUUAUGAUCGUUGAAACAGAUAACCCAAUUGCACAACCAAAUGGUAAUAUGAACAAUGGACUUCGGCCAAUCACUCAGAACGAGAUUAUAACUGCUUUCGAGGUACUACGUCGAACACUUUCUCAGCCUGGCAGUGGAUUUCAUCCUAUGAUUCAGGACACAAUUUGUCAUUCUUUUGAGGGACUACGUCGAGCAAUUUCUCAUCCUAACUUCGGAUUUAAUCCUAUCGUUCGGAAGGCGCUAACUUUUGCUUUCGAGGAACUCAGUGGAGCAAUUUGUCAGUCUGGCGGUGAAUUUCACCCUAUCAUUCAAAAUGCGAUUAAUCGUGCUUUGGAGGAGCUAGGUGGAGAAACUUCUCGGCCCGAUAGUGAAAUUAGUUUUCACGUUAGAGUUGCUCUCGAGGAACGACUUAGAGCAACUUCUCAGCGGCCCCACGAGUCAUCUGCCCCUCCUCCUCCACCUUCCUCAUCUUCUUAAAUUUUGUUUAUGCAAAUUUCU